AUGAUUCCUAUCGCUAGACAAUCUGUUCUGCGGGCUGUCCGCUCACAGAUCCACCCUACUCGAUCGCUGAACCAGACCUCGGCGCUGGCUCGCCUUCUCUCGACCCUCGCCGUCCUCGAACAACGUGAUGGCAAGCUGCAAAGCUCGUCUCUUUCCGCAAUUGCGGCUGCACAGAAGCUCGGUGGCCCAGUGACGGCUUUCUUGGCUGGUACUGGUGUCAAGGGAACAUCUGCCGCCGAGGCAGCUAAGAUUAAGGGUCUUGACAAGGUUGUCGCGGUGGAGAGCGAUGCUUAUGAGAAGGGCCUUCCCGAAAACUACGCCCCUCUCCUCGUUGAGAACAUCAAGAAGGGCGAAUACACUCACAUCGUCGCUGGACACUCAGCCUUCGGCAAGAACGUACUCCCUCGCGUGGCUGCUCUUUUGGACGUUCAGCAGGUCUCAGAUAUUACCGGAAUCGAGAGUGAAGACACCUUUGUCCGUCCCAUCUACGCCGGUAACGCCAUUUUGACUGUGCAGUCCAGUGACAACAUUAAAGUGAUCACUGUGCGAGGAACCGCAUUCCAAGACGUUGAGACCGAGGGUGGCUCCGCUGAGAUUGUGGAUGGUGUUGACUCCAACUCCCCCGCACUGGCCGAGUGGGUGUCCGAGGAGCUGGCCAAGUCUGAGCGUCCCGACCUUGCCACCGCAAACCGUGUUGUCUCUGGUGGUCGUGGUCUGAAGUCGAAGGAGGAGUUUGACCGUAUCAUGCUUCCCCUGGCCGACUCACUGGGUGCCGCUAUUGGUGCUUCCCGCGCUGCUGUUGACAGCGGCUUCGCCGAUAACAGUCUGCAGGUUGGCCAGACUGGUAAGAACGUGGCUCCUCAGCUUUACCUCUGUGCUGGUAUCUCUGGUGCUAUUCAGCACUUGGCUGGUAUGAAGGACAGCAAGGUUAUUGCUGCUAUUAACAAGGAUCCUGAGGCUCCUAUCUUCCAGAUUGCUGAUGUUGGUCUGGUUGGUGAUUUGUUUGAGAAGGUGCCUGAGUUGACCGAGAAGCUGAAGAGUGCUUAG